CCUCACUCCAUGGCUCGCCUAAUCCGACCUCUAAGAAACUCCAUCUCUUGCUCCUCUUCUUCUUGUAGAAUCCUAAUUCCAGAGAUGCCCAGUUGGCAUCUUGCACCAGAAAAACAAGUCUCCCUCUUAAACCCUAAGCUUGUCAGAAACUACAUCUCUGAAAAGCGCAAAUCGGCUUUCGAAGGCAACAUGCUCAAACUCCUACGCAGUGAAAUCCAAUACGAACUCGAUCGCUCCCCUCCUAAUCAGCCAGUUUCACAAUUCAACUCAUUUACAGUUGACAACCGGUCUGGCGAACAAUGGAUAAGCAUGAAGAGAAAAUUUGGACAUAAUGAAGACAUAAAGAUUGAAGCCACCAUGUAUGAUGGAUAUGUUCCUGUUACAAAAUCUGGAGGUGGCGGUGGUGGUGGUGGUGGUGAAGGCCUUGGACCAGAUGUGCAACUUCACAUUUCUAUGGUUGUCAAUAUCUCCAGGGAGAAGGGUGGCAGUGCAUUGGAGAUUAUGUGCUCAGUUUGGCCAGAUACCAUAGAGAUCGACAAGCUGUUUGUAAGAAAACCUGAGAAUAUGCCAGCUCAGCCAUAUACGGGUCCUGAAUUCAAGGAACUUGAUGAUGAUUUACAAGACUCGCUCUACGAAUUCUUAGAAACGAGGGGUAUAAAUGAUGAUCUUGCUGUUUUCUUGCACUCAUAUAUGAAGAACAAAGAUAAAACUGAGUUCAUUAGAUGGAUGGGAACUGUAAAAUCAUACUUUGAAAAGAAGAAGAGUUAUUGAUACCUCAACAAUUUGAACAAAUCUUAUGCCGAAUGACACUUUCUCUUGGGUAAUGAAAACUCAGCCUAGAUGCCAUUUUGGCGUUGCAUUUGGUCUUAUGCAGUUAUCUUUGGUUCAGAGAAGAAACUGGCAUGAUUCUGUAAUUAAAGUAAUGCAUUUACAUAGUUGAUGGAAUCAUUUCUUUUGUUUUGAACUUUCAGUCAUAUAUGGAAGUGUGUCCAUGACCUCUGUGGGCGGACUG